UUUGCUGUGACGUUCUAUUGACCUCCAUCUCAAGCUGCAACCACAUCCGAUCGAUUACUGAAGGAAUAGAAUAUCGGCGCUGUAUCUUCUUUCACUGGUUUCCGAUGAUAUCAAUCUACAAACAAAUCUCGUAGUUUGCUAUACCAGCUGGAAGACGAAACAACCAUCCCGCCUUCACCUCCUAUAUCAGCAUUUAGCGGGGUCGACGAGGUAUCAACCUCCACACCCUACGUGUACUAAACGCUCGGCUGCAUGUUCACACUCUCCAUCAGACUUCGAGUGCCUUGUAGUGGGAUCUCUUUCUCUCGAUUAUCAACCCUUCAACCCUUCCACACCUCAGUGAAGUGUAAUAGCCGGUCGCUGCUCCAAUUCCUUCCUCGCAUUCAAUCCGCAUAUCUCAACACCCUCCCCGACAAGAUGGCGACGGUACAGACCACGGCACGAAUCAAUGAGCUGCGGGAGCUUAUGAAGAAGCAUGAGGUGGACAUCUAUGUCGUACCCUCGGAAGAUAGCCAUCAAUCCGAAUACAUUGCUGCAUGUGAUGCGAGAAGAGAGUUCAUCUGCGGCUUUUCAGGCUCCGCGGGCACGGCGGUCAUUUCACUCGACAAGGCCGCCCUCGCCACGGACGGACGAUACUUCAACCAAGCAGAGAAACAACUCGAUGACAAUUGGCUAUUGCUGAAGCAGGGCCUACAAGAUGUUCCCACUUGGCAGGAAUGGGCUGCCGAACAAUCCGAAGAGGGGAGAGUGGUUGGUGUCGAUCCAACCUUGAUAACAGCAUCGGAAGCUCGAAAACUAUCGGAUAAAAUCAAGAAAAAGGGCGGUGCCUCUUUAAAGCCAGUGAGGGAGAAUCUUGUUGACCUGGUGUGGGGUACGGACAAGCCCGAUCGGACCAAUGAACCGGCCAAAGUCUUGGGCGUCGAAUUCUCUGGGAAGCCGUUUCAAGAGAAACUCGAAGAUCUAAGGAAAGAGUUGGAGAAGAAGCAGUCGGCGGGCUUUGUCGUAUCGAUGCUUGAUGAAAUCGCCUGGCUGUUCAACAUGAGAGGCAACGAUAUACCGUAUAACCCUGUCUUCUUCUCCUAUGCAGUGGUCACACCUUCGUCUGCAACCAUCUACAUCGACGACAAAAAGCUGAGCGACGAUGUCUGGAAGCACCUUGAUGGGGCCGUGAAUAUCCGACCUUAUGAAGCCAUCUUUGCCGACAUCGAGGCACUGAGUUCCUCGGACCAACUGGGUGGAGAGAACGCAUCCAAUUCGCCUCAGCCUUCCACGAAGAAGUACCUCACGUCGACCAGGGCAUCAUGGGCUCUCAACCAGAGUUUGGGGGGUGAAGGGAAAGUGGAAGAGAUCAGGAGCCCGAUCGGCGAUGUGAAGGCGAUCAAGAAUGACGUCGAGCUCGAGGGAAUGCGGGCUUGCCAUAUUCGCGAUGGUGCGGCUCUGAUCGAGUUCUUUGCAUGGCUUGAGGACCAACUACUCGCCAAAGGCGCCAGGCCGGAUGAAGUCGAUGCAGCGGAUGAGCUGGAGAAGAUCCGUUCCAAGCAUGAGCAUUUUGUGGGAUUAUCGUUUGACACCAUCUCAUCUACGGGACCAAACGCGGCAGUCAUCCAUUACAAGCCACUGAAAGGAGCUUGCUCCGUAAUCGACCCAUCGGCAGUCUAUCUUUGCGAUUCGGGUGCACAAUAUACUGAUGGAACCACGGAUACUACGCGGACCCUCCAUUUCGGCGAACCGACGGAGAUGGAGAAGAAAGCCUUCACUCUGGUCCUGAAGGGACACAUUGCGCUGGAGAGAGUCAAAUUUCCGAAGGGCGUCAGUGGAUUUGCCCUGGAUACACUGGCUCGACAGUUCCUCUGGGACCAAGGCCUGGACUACAGGCAUGGCACCGGUCACGGAGUUGGAUCAUAUCUCAAUGUUCAUGAAGGCCCGAUCGGCAUCGGAACGCGAAUUUCGCUGGCCGAAGUCCCGCUCUCGGUUGGCAAUGUCUUAUCGAAUGAACCUGGGUAUUAUGAGGACGGAAAUUUCGGCAUCCGUAUCGAGAACAUUAUUCUGGUCAAAGAAGUGCAGACGAAGUACAAAUUCGGAGAGAAGCCAUUCUAUGGAUUCGAGCACGUCACCAUGGUUCCCAUGGGCCAGAAGCUCAUUGCUUCCGACAUGCUGACAGCCGAUGAAAAGGAGUGGUUGAAUCAAUAUCAUGCGGAAGUUUUCGAGAAGACCCAUGGUUUCUUCAAAGGCAAGAAUGAAUUGGCCCUGGCAUGGUUAGAGCGCGAGACGCAACCGAUACAGUAAGCUGUAUAUAUACCGGGCGGUACGGACGGCAUCUCGGAGUUGAUCACCCGCAUCACCCCUUUUAAUCUACCUUAUGCAAGCCAAGUUAUUCUCGCCGUUACAUUUCAGAACGUUUAAUGGCUGAACUUGAAGCAAACGCUUGAACCUUGGG